AGAGAGCAGCCCGUGCUGUUCAGCUGAGACGCCAAGAGCUGCAAGGAGUGGCGGAGGGGGCGAGGGAGUGCACGAGCGACGGCUGAUAGUGCGUGAGAGUGCUGGGGAGGAAAAACGGGUCGAGGACUGAACACAGAUGAGGGGAGAGAGUACAAGACAGAGCAAUAGGUGGAGCCCCGAACACACGAGAGUGCGUCUGUUGACUUGCAUCUUCUGAAGGCUGAGCCAGACACGCAGAAAUCAUGACCAACAUCACUACCACCAUACACCCAGGCUAUCUCCCGGGGCAGCCAGAGGCGGCGCUUCUCUCCCGUGUGUCAUUGCAGGUCCAGGAGGUCUACCCUUUCCAUGAUGGCUGGAAUGUGGCUUGCUUUAUCAUCCUUCUGCUCUUCAUCCUCACCGUUGUAUCUCUGGCUGCUUUGGCUGUGCUCUAUGAGCUACUGGACUGUGGGUGCUGUGUCAAAGGGAAGACACACCACCAGCUACAGGAGGAGGGGCCGGGAAGCUGCGGCAAGCUCAUGACCAGCAUCUGCAAGGAGCCAGAAUCCUGCACUGAGGUGGUAUAGGGGCAGCAAGGCCGAAGAUGAGGAAGAUGGCAAUUUGGGCUUUAGUUCUGAACUGGGCAAUAUAACAACCAUGAACAUAAUGCCCUGAGAAAAGAACUUCCCAUUGCCCAACAGUGGUUCAAUGGCUCCCAGCUUAGACGAUGUCAAGGGAAGCGUUAAGGUGAAAGAACAAUGUAAAAAAAACAAAGAGGUGAAUUUCUGAGGGAAGUAAUGAGGGAAUCUUCACACGUUAACGUUCACUAACACAUAUUGCAGACACUAAAAGCCAUAUUUCACUCCAGAAACACCGCCAGAGAAAAAAAGAGCACCCAAGUAGUCUAAUAAUAGUGUGGCUAUUUUGACAUAAAAACACUAAUAACAUGUAAUAUCAACAAGUGGAAAAAAAAUCCUUCUGCCCUGUGAGUACUGCACAUGCCUAUGAGCCAGAUGUCAAUGCAAACGAGCUUCUAAGAGACAUGGUAAAAUGUUGUAUAUUGACAGAAUAUGCUGUCCAAAUGUAAAGACUUCAUUACCAUUGUUUCCCAACAAGACCUGAUGGACAGUAAAUAAAUGAUCAAGCUUAGCUGGCAAACAUUGUUGCUUUGAAUAAAGCCUGUGUUUCUUGGUUCUUAAAUUAUUGUUUGCCAGUGAUGUCAACAUGUUUAAAAUUGCAACAUUAUCUCAAGUCAAGUGACACUUGGUUGCUGCUGAUGUAAUUUAUCAUGUCAUAUUAAACACAAUGUAUGAUUUGAACAGGCCUUACCACACAAUGCCUAAUAAAUCACUUAAUUAUG